AUGUGUGGUAUUUUCGGUUAUGUUAACUUUUUGGUGGACAAGAGUAGAGGAGAAAUUGUCGACAACCUUAUUGAAGGUCUCUCUAGGUUAGAAUAUCGUGGUUACGAUUCUGCAGGUAUUGCUGUCGAUGGAGACAAGAAAGGUGACACCUUUAUCGUUAAGAAAGUUGGUAAGGUUAACGCCUUGAAGCAAGAAAUUAUUGAUCAGAAGUUGGAACGUUCUACACUUUUUGAUUGUCAUGUUGGUAUUGCUCACACCAGAUGGGCCACACAUGGUCAGCCUAUGACUGUCAAUUGUCACCCUCACAGAUCUGAUGUUAAUAAUGAAUUUGUAGUGGUGCAUAAUGGUAUCAUUACCAAUUACAGAGCCCUCAAGACUUUAUUGGAAUCCAAAGGAAUGAGGUUCGAAAGUGAAACUGAUUCUGAAUGUAUUGCUAAAUUAUUCAAGCAUAUUUACGAUACCAACUUAAAGGCUGGGUUGGAAGUUGAUUUGAACGAAUUGACCAAGCAAGUGUUAUUUGAAUUGGAAGGUUCUUACGGUUUACUCGUAAAGAGUACCCGUUACCCUGGUGAAGUAUGUGCCACCAGAAAAGGUUCCCCAUUGUUAGUCGGUGUAAAGACUAACAGAAAAUUAAAGGUUGAUUUCGUUGACGUUGAAUUCCCAGAACACGAUGCUCCAAGCAGUAACAACACCAGUGGUUUGGCUGAUGGUCUGAGUAACUUGGGUUUAAUGCCAGUGGCACAAGGGGACAACUUAAGAACUUCUCAAUCUAGAGCUUUCCUCGCAGAUGAUGGAAUGCCAAUGCCAGUUGAAUUUUUCUUGUCUUCUGAUCCAGCUUCAGUCAUUCAACACACCAAGAAAGUCUUGUUUUUGGAAGAUGAUGAUAUUGCUCAUAUCUAUGACGGUGAAUUACAUAUCCAUAGAGCUAAAAAGUCUUCUGCGGGUGAAGCUACCACAAGAUCUAUUCAAACCCUUGAAAUGGAAUUGAAUGAAAUUAUGAAGGGCCCAUACAAGCACUUUAUGCAAAAGGAAAUUUUCGAACAACCAGAUUCGACAUUUAAUACCAUGAGAGGUAGAAUUGAUUUCAAGGAUUCCAAGAUCAACUUGGGUGGUAUCAAGGGAUGGUUACCUACUAUCAGAAGAUGCAGAAGAAUUAUUAUGAUUGCUUGUGGUACCUCAUAUCAUUCAUGUUUGGCUACAAGAUCAAUUUUUGAAGAGUUAACUGAGAUUCCAGUUUCAGUGGAAUUGGCUUCAGAUUUCUUGGAUAGAAAGUCUCCAGUAUUCAGAGAUGAUACAUGUGUAUUUGUUUCUCAAUCAGGUGAAACUGCCGACUCUAUCUUGGCUUUACAAUAUUGUCUUGAAAGAGGUGCUUUGACAGUGGGUAUUGUUAACUCUGUCGGAUCCUCAAUUUCUAGACAAACUCAUUGUGGUGUCCAUAUAAACGCAGGCCCAGAAAUCGGUGUUGCUUCCACAAAGGCCUAUACUUCCCAAUACAUUGCCUUAGUCAUGUUUGCACUCUCAUUGUCCAAUGAUUCUAUUUCUAGAAGCCCAAGACAUAAAGAGAUUAUUGAUGGUUUGCAAAAGAUCCCUGAACAAAUUAAGACUGUUUUACAAUUGGAAGACAAAAUCAAGCAAUUAUGUGACGAUCACUUAAAUAGCCAAAAGUCCUUGUUACUUUUAGGUAGAGGUUAUCAAUUUGCAACUGCAUUGGAAGGAGCCUUAAAGAUUAAGGAAAUUUCAUACAUGCACUCUGAAGGUGUUUUGGCUGGUGAGUUGAAGCAUGGUGUAUUGGCAUUAGUGGAUAAGGAUUUACCAAUUAUUGCCUUUGCCACCAAGGAUUCCCUUUUCCCCAAGACCAUGCUGGCCAUUGAACAAGUCAUUGCAAGAGAUGGUAGACCAAUAAUUAUAUGCAAUGAAGGCGAGAAGGUUAUUGGCAUGGAAGAAAAGACAAUGGCCAUCUUGGAGGUGCCAUUGACUGUUGAUUGUUUGCAAGGAUUAUUAAACGUGAUCCCAUUGCAAUUGAUGAGUUACUGGUUGGCUGUUAAUAGGGGUAUUGACGUUGACUUCCCAAGAAAUUUGGCCAAGAGUGUGACUGUUGAGUGA